UCGCGAUAUAAGAGGCACACCUCUAACAUAAACUUUCAAAGCAGCAUUGUCUUGACUUCACCGUGACGGGAAGACUAUAUUACCCCUCAAGCAAAUAUUUUAAAACACCAUCACCUCAUCACUCCACCAGACCUUUCUAGAACUACGCAUUAACACUUAUACACCAUCACCGCGGCCCACCGUACACCAUGGCCGACACCCACCAAUUCGACGUAAACAAGCUCUUCGGAGUCCAAGACUCCGUCGCGGUAAUCACGGGCGGCGGGACCGGCAUAGGAUUAAUGGCCGCGCAGGCACUCGCCGCGAACGGCGCCAAAGUCUACAUCACCGGCCGGCGGAAACAAGUUCUCGAGAACGCGGCCAAAAGCCACCAGCCGGCCAAGAGCAGCGGACAGAUCAUCCCGAUCGGGCCGUGCGACGUGACCAGCAAAGACGACCUAGAGAAGCUAGUUGCGGAUCUGAGCAAGCGCGAGAAGUACAUCAACCUCCUGGUGUGCAGCGCCGGCAUCUCGGGCCCGAAGGCUGAGCCGAAGGACGCCGAGGCGGAAGAUCUCAAGGCUAGGCUCUGGAAUAACGAGGAUCCUAGCGAUUGGCACGAUAACUUCAAUACUAAUGUUACGGCGGUGUAUUUUACGACGGUGGCCUUCCUUCCGCUGCUGCAGCAAGGCAUCCGUCCGAAAGGUCCCCUUGAGCCUUACGCCCCUUCUGUAAUUACCAUAUCUUCUAUGUCGGGUAUCAUGCGACAUGCUCAGGGCCAUUUCAGUUACAAUACGGCCAAGGGGGCCACGGUGCACUUGACAAAACUUAUGAGCGCGGAGUUCCAAAAGGCCGGAAUCAGAGUCAACUCCAUUGCGCCGGGAUAUUUCCCUAGCGAAAUGACCGCUAAGAGUAGUGAUGAUAAACAGAAGAGCUAUGUGUCGCCAGAGAAGAUCCAAGAUAAAGGCCACGUUCCGCUAAUGAGAGCUGGACGUGAGGAAGAAAUGGGGAUGACGGUACUCUACCUUGCAAAGAACCAAUAUGUGAACGGAGAGAUCAUCGCGGUGGACGGUGGAGUCCUAAAUGUUGUGGCAGGACGGUAAAGAGCCUACCCAUCCGCCAAUGCUACUUCACAAUGUCCCUAAUGUGUUAAAUCUAAAACCAUGGAAUGGCGCACCAGUACCUAUUGGAUUGUAUCAAUAAUGAGGAAAUUUGGGUAUGAGUGCUAUAUUAGGUUAGGUAACUAAACGGUUAGAUAAAAGUAAAAGUUCAAUGAACGAGUACCAUAACUGCUAACUUAACAUAUUACCCAUUAGGAGAGGUAGUAUGAUAUCUUGUUUCUUAUUUCGACCAAUUAUAGGAAUUUUUCUAUUUUCUAAAAAUAUCAUAAUGAUACAGGCAAAUGAUUAAAGUGUGAUACGACUAACGAGCUCAUUAGGUCACCUCUUG